AUGAACAAUUUUGCGGAUAAAGUUGUUAUUGUAACAGGUGGUAACAGUGGUAUUGGUAGAGGAACCGUUUUAUCUUUUGCUAAAGAAGAAGCUAAAGUUGUUAUAGUUGGAAGAAAUGAAAAAACAUUAAAUGAAACUGUUGAAAUUCUUAAAAAUAAUAAUAUUAAAGAAGAAAAUUAUAUUGUAGUUCAAUGUGAUUUGACAGAUGAAAAAUCCCCAAAAACAAUUAUUGAUAAGACAAUUGAAAAAUAUGGAAAGAUUGAUGUAUUGGUUAAUAAUGCAGGACAACCAGGAAAAGCUGGUGUUAAAGAUAUUACUUCAUUAGAAUUAUAUGAUCAUGUAUUUAGAAUUAAUCUUCGUGCUGUUGUUAUGUUAAGUGAAGCUGUUUUGCCAUAUCUUAUUAAAACAAAAGGAAAUAUUGUUAAUGUUAGUAGUAUAGCUUCUACUGUUCCUUCAUUAACAGAAAAUGGCGAAUUUAUGUUUUAUAGUAUGAGCAAAGCUGCUUUAGAUAUGUAUACAAAAUCAUUGGCAGGAAGAGUUUCUUUACAUAAUGUAAGAGUUAAUUCAAUAAAUCCUGGAUACAUUGCAACACCAAUAUUUUCAAAAUUAUCAUCUGAUAAAGAAAAUGUAAUCACAUCUGAAGAUCCAAUAAUAGAAAUGAAAGACUUUAUUGAAGCAUAUGUUCCAAUGAAACGUUUUGGUACCGUUGAAGAAAUCGCCAAUUUUAUAACAUUUAUUGCAAGUGAUCAAGCAUCUUUUAACACUGGUUCAAUAAAUUAUGUUGAUGGUGGUUUUCUUAUUCGUCCAGUAAGUCAAUAA